CAGUUUAUAUGAUCAGUCGAGAAUUGCUCGUGAACAUAGUAGCAUCCCAGUGGAGAACGACUCCAAAAGGGAUGUUCUUUCGCUAACGUACUCCUUCAGUUAAGUCAAUAAAUCUAUUUAUUCCCCCAAUUGUAAACAAAUUGUAAAGAUGCAGACCCCAAUUUCAACCCUCACGGGAUUUAUAGCCAUUCUCGUGGUACAAAUAAUUUUUGGAAUAGUGUUUGGGGCUUUCUCUGAAUACGGCAAAGAACUAUUGCCCGCCAAAGAUGGAGAUCCUCUGCCUACAAACUUGGGCAGUUAUCCACACUUUCAAGACAUUCAUGUCAUGAUCUUCAUUGGUUUUGGAUUUUUAAUGACCUUCCUCAAAAAAUAUGGAUACAGUGCGACAGGAUUCAAUCUGCUGGUGGCAUCGCUCAUGGUGCAGUGGGCCCUUAUUGCAAGAGGCUGCUUUGAAAUGGAAGAUGGAAAAAUUAGACUUACUUUAGGUGGAAUGAUUGGAGCAGAUAUUGCAGCUGCAACUGUAUUAAUUUCAAUGGGAGCCCUGUUGGGCAGAACAACACCUAUCCAGCUCCUUGUGAUGGGCCUGUUCGAAAUAGCAAUAUUCGCUGCUAACGAAUAUCUUCAGCUGGAAUACAUGAAGAUCACAGAUGUUGGAGGAUCAAUAACAGUACAUGCUUUUGGAGCAUACUUUGGUCUGGCCGUUAGCUUUGUCCUUCGACCAAAAAAGAGUGAUCUAGCACUGACAAACAACCUUGAAGGACCAUCUUAUACAUCAGACAUUUUCGCCAUGGUCGGCACAAUUUUCCUCUGGAUCUUCUGGCCAAGUUUCAAUUCAGCUCUUGUUUCGGGUGCUGAUCAAGAACGAGCAAUUCUGAAUACUUAUUUGGGAUUGGCAGCUGCAACAGUAGUUACGUUUAUCUUGUCGGUUCUUGUAAGCCAUGAGCACAAAUUGGAUAUGGUUCAUGUUCAGAAUUCAACCUUGGCUGGAGGAGUAGCCGUGGGAUCAGUCUGCAAUCUUCUGAUUCAUCCUUAUGGGGCAGUUCUAAUUGGAUCGUUAGCGGGACUGCUUUCAGUUCUAGGUUAUAGAUAUUUAAGUCCCAAGAUGUUGGAAAAACUCCGUUUGGGAGACACUUGUGGUGUACACAAUCUCCAUGGAAUGCCAGCUGUACUCUCUGCCAUAUUCUCAGCAAUAUUCGCGGCUGCAGCAACGAAGAACGAAUAUGGAAACUCACUCUAUGACAUCUUUCCAGCCAUGAUUGAUUCAAAUUCGACUUUAAGUGAGGACCAUCAUUCAGAACCUACGCCUUUUGGGGGAUAUGGACGCAAUGCUGCUGAACAAGCGGGAUAUCAAUUGCUUGGAAUUAUCUCAACAGUCGCUAUUGCAAUUGUUGGUGGACUUUUAACGGGGGCUUUCCUAAAAUCUCCGAGUGCUCGUAUGAUUCCCAGAGAUAAGCACUAUGACGAUGAAGAUUCAUGGGAGGUUCCAGCCCCCUAGAUACACAACAUCUAUCAUCUAUUACCUAACGUGCUUUUUACUGUUAAAUAUUCAAUCUAAUUCGCAAGAUAUUGCCAAAUCUCUCAGAGUUAUUUACUUAUAGCAUUAAGUCACUUCUCAUACGAAAAUCUAUUUAAGUUGAUCUUCGAUUUGUCUAUGUUUAUUUCAUUUAUUAGCAUUAUCUUGCGACAAAUUAACUGCUCCAGUAUAUCAAUACCUUCAAAAUAUUCUAACCAUUAUAGCAUAAAUUUUAUUUCAAAGAAAUUCAUAAUUUUACUUCAGUGGAUCUUAAUUAUAAAAUCUGUGUACAAUAAUAACAUGUAAUUGUUGUGUUGAAAAAAAUUACUUGACGAUAGUAAUAAAGCCUCGGACAAAAUAAA